GUUUAUCGAUGCGCAGGCCUAAACUGGGAAGAAGAUGCUAAUUAAAGUGAAGACCCUGACUGGAAAGGAGAUUGAAAUUGACAUUGAACCCACAGACAAGGUGGAGCGAAUCAAGGAGCGUGUGGAGGAAAAAGAGGGAAUCCCCCCGCAGCAACAACGACUCAUCUACAGUGGCAAACAGAUGAAUGAUGAGAAGACAGCAGCUGAUUACAAGAUUCUAGGUGGUUCAGUCCUCCACCUUGUACUGGCUCCGAGAGGAGGAGGUGGCCGUAGGCAGUGAUGGCUCCUCCCUCCAUUUUACUUUACUCUGUCAAUUAUAAUGAGGCGUCAUAUAACCUCUCCUCUGGGAGCCCAGAG